CGAAUAAGUUGUCACAAAUAUCAAUUAAACCAACUUCUUGUUGACGGAUGCCGGUUAAAAUCCUCUGAGAUCUCCACACCGGAUGUGGCCGCGCUCAUUUGGUGUGUUGCAAACUGUGACGAGAAUCUGGUGCAGGUUUCAUUUCGUCCCCAUUUUUUUCUGUUGAUAUUUGUACACGAUGUGGUUCACGACUGCAAAAUGGACCAUAGUUAUUAUGAUAUUUGUAUACAUGACCGCAGGACUCGCAUCAGAUGCGCAGCAGCGUCUGAUUAAGGAACUGUUUUUAUCCAGAGAUUACGACGCACUCAGUCGACCGGUCGAGCAUGAAAACGAAACCGUAAACGUCACUUUUGCCCUUAUUCUCAACAUUCUCGUUUUUGUGAGUGAUCAAGAUCAAGUUAUGAAAACCAACGGAUAUUUGGAUUUGAGCUGGAAGGAUUUGCGGCUAACGUGGAAUCCUGAAGAAUAUGACGGAAUAUCGAUUCUUCGCUUACCUCCGGACAAACUGUGGCAACCAGAUAUUGCUUUAACAAAUACCGUUGAUAAGCAGUUUCUUCCGAACUACAAAAGCAAUGCCUUAAUCUCGUCUGACGGCUCUGUGCAAUGGGUACCGCCGUUUAUUUUUAAAAGUGGCUGCGACACCAAUCCCUAUUUUUUCCCCUUUGACCGACAACUUUGCAACAUGGUUUUUCGAUCUUUGACAUACAGUUCCGCCGAAGUGGAUCUCAUUACCGACAAAUACAUGACACUCAAAGAUUACGAAGGUCAGCCGAGUGGAAGCUGGAACAUAACCGAGGUACCAUUGUUCAAAUGGUAUCGCACGCAUUACCGAAAGUACGGAGCCGUUCCGUACGUUUCGGUGCAGCUGGACAUGAUGGUGGCCCGGAAAUCACAGUUUUACGUCCUAACGUUCUUAUUGCCUUGUGUGUGUAUUGCCUUUUUGACGGUGUUCGUUUUUUAUCUGCCAAUUGCAUCGGGUGAAAAGCUGUGUUUAGCUAUUUCCAUCCUUUUCUCCAUCGUUAUCUUUCUCUUGAUUCUCAUCGACAUCUUACCGCCUUCUGAUUCACUGCCGCUAAUGACAAAAUUCUUGGUUUUUUGCUUUGUCUGCAAUCUGAUUUCGGCAUUUUUAACUACGAUCACAGUCAACUUCAGCUUCCGCUCGGUUAAAACUCACAUCAUGGUGCGCUGGAUUAGGAUGAUCUUAAUGGAGAAAAUCCCGCAGUUGCUGCGCAUUGUGCAGCCGGAAAAGGGCAAGAAGAAGAAGCUUUUCGCCACAGUGCAAGUACCUAGUCCGGCAUCUUCAUCGAAGAAAUCCUCACUGAAAGCGAAACCAACUAAGGAUGCUGAUAAGCGAUUGUCAGUGCGCUUUAGCAAUCCAAAACCGGACAUCAAAGAACGUUAUAUGAAUGGGAAUUUUGCCGAUGACCUUUGGGUGCCCACACCGCCCAAGCGUGCUCCGCCAUACGGAAGUAUAGCGUUCCACAAUCCUGGGUUUGUCUCUUCAUCAGAAAGUAAUAAAGAGCUGAUCUGGCGGGAGCUGCAGCAUUUGGGAGAAUAUCUGCAGCAGUUUCCCGGUUAUUCAACUGCGCUGGAUAACGUGGCAUAUAUCGCCCAGAAUAUGGAGGAACAAGACGAAGAAGGAGAUGUGUCGGAUGACUGGAAAUUUGUGGCGUUAGCAGCGGACAGGUUUCUUUUGUGGAUCUUUUUAAUCGGAAAUCUGAUGGGGACUCUCAGCAUCUUGCUCAAUUCACCGUAUUUGUUUGAACGCAUGCCUGAUCCCGCGCAAAAUCCAACAUGAAAUUUCACUUUCUCUCCAGCAAUAAACUGAUUAUU